UAAACUUAAGCAGAAAAUAUGGCCGUAGACGGCCGUAAAUUAAACCAAUCUCUGUAUCAAGGAUCGGAUAUAGAACAUGAUUUUCCGUGUUCUCCUUGUUCUAAAGAGGGGAAGAAUGUGGCUGCUAUCAAACACUGUGUGGAAUGUGAUGAAAAUCUGUGUAAAAAAUGUUUAGGUGAUCACAAUAAGUUUUCAGUAAUGAGAGGACAUCAGUUACUAGACACGGUAAAACAGCUGAGCGGGAAAAAGCAGGAAAUACCAAGUCAGAGAUGUGAGAGACACGGAGGCAAAUUGAUAGAUGUCUACUGUCCUGGUCAUGAUAAGGUUGGCUGCUCAACGUGUAUGACCAUUGAACACAGUGAUUGCAAAGGUAUAAGUUACAUACCAGACAUAGCUUGUAAAACUAAAACCUCCGAAAAACUAAACCUUCUUGAAACUGAACUAAACACACUUCAGUCUCGUUUCAACGCCUUAAAACGAAACAAGCAGGUAGAACUAGAAAGUGUGAAGAAAGAAAAAAGCCAAUUGAUCAAAGAAAUAAAAUCAGAAAGGAAGAAAAUCAACGACCAUUUGGACAAGAUGGAAAUGGAACUUCUUCAAGAAGUGGAUGCCACCUUUCAGAUAAAACUGCAACAUAUAGAGUUAUGCAUGAAAGAAGUUGAUGCAAAGAUCGCUUCACUGCAAGAAAAUAUGCAAAAGCUCAGUGCUGCUAAACAUGAAAACGAAUCCGAAAAAUAUGUGCAGAUAAAACGUGUUAACGAGAGAAGAAAAAAUGCAAGCGAUUGUUUAAAAGAGUUAGGAAGGUCGGGGAAAACAGGCAUAUUUCGGUUUGAACCGAACGGAUAUGUGACUGAUUCGGAAUGCAACUUAAUUGGAUAUGUUCUUCAUCUUCCAGUAAUUGAAGCAGAAAAAUGUAAAGUUAUUAAUAUACGAACAAAGGAUGACAAGGAAUCGUGCCUUAUAUAUGACAUGUGCAUGUCUGAGGAUGGGUGUAUUGUUAUUGCAGAUUAUCAUAAUAAAUGUAUAAAGAAAAUGAAUGAUUCCUUCCAGAUCAUAUCUUCGCUGAAUGUCACUGACAAUCCUUAUGGUAUUUGUCAGAUAGACUCUUCAAUGCUGGCCGUCACUCUGGUUAAUGAUAAGACAGUCCAGUUUAUCACCCUGAAAAAACCAAUGAAGCUACAGCAAUCCUUCAAAGUCGGCGAUAGAUGUCGUGGUAUUGCAUACAAUGACGGGAUGAUUUAUGUUUGCUGCGGCGGAUCAAAUGAUCAAAAAAAUGAAGGUGUCGGUCAUUUGGCGGUAUAUACUAUUUCUGGAAAAUUGCUAGCAUCGUAUUUUGAUGAGAUUCAAUGUCCUGUAUAUGUAAAAAUCUCAAGCAUUAAAAUGGAAAUAUUUGUGAGUGACGGAUAUGAAGGUAUCCUUGUCGUCGAUAAAAACCGAAGUAGGAAACCCAUUACUGUAAAUAAGAAACUCUUUUUAAGUUCUUCUGGUAUUUGUGAGAUAAAUAAAAGUCAGUUCUGUGUUGGGUAUUUUAUGUCAAACAAUGUACUUUUAAUGUCAAUUGACGGGAAGGAUCAGGUAGAACUAUUGACAGGACAAGAUGGCUUAACAAAGCCCAUUGGUUUAUGUUUCGAUAACAAAACGUCAAGGCUCUUUGUCUCCUGUUAUCAAAGUGACACACUAAUGGUCUUUUCUUUAAAGAAAAACCAUUGACGUUUCUUAACAGUCAGUCAUGAAAGCAAAUGACAGAAAUGACACUUGAAAAGAUGUGCCACUGAAAACAUUUUGAGUGAUGAAGAAGUGAGUUGUUGUUGAUAUGUGCUUAAAAUUUAUCAUGAAUUAUCAUGGAUUCUAAUACGCUUGAUGAAUUUUCAACUAUUCACAGAAAAGAAAAUACUUCUUAAUUCCUGUGAUACGAUGGUUAUUAAUGACAUUAAAGACAACAAUAAAUACGCAUUUUUAUUGAUGUUUCCUACCACAUGAUGCUAAAAUAACAUUACACAUUCUCUUACUCCACAUGUUUGCAUUGCGUUUUCUUCAAAGUGUUAUUCUGAGGGAUUUCAGAGCUUCGUGUGUUUAAAAACAGGGACCUUACAAAGGAUAGAACCAUAAAUAGUGGCAUAAGCCCGCAAAGGAUAAAAGGAUGGACAGAGCGAAAAUGAUUGAAGAUGGAAAGGCCAAAUUAAUAACCUUGCAUUUUGCUAACGUAUCUAUUAUGUUGACAUAUCCGCGAGAUAAAGUCUUAAUCCUAAGGGUAUACACAUGGUCGAGUAUAAACCGGUGAAGUUUUAUAAGUACAUUUACUUUGCUUUGUCAAAAAAGUCAUAAAUGUUCUGAAAUAAUUGGGACCAAUAAUAUAACCAAUACGUAGUUUUGAGUAGCAAAACAUAUACUUUGUAUCAUCAUAUGUAAUUUUGUGUAAAUUGUUUCUUUGUAUAUAUGUUUUUGCAUAAUCCGGAGACCUUAAUGAAAGCGAAAUAAAGUA